AUGAAGGCUAUUUGGUUGGCCUUGUGCCUUCCAAGUGUCCUUGUAACAGCAGCCAAGCUGCCAAGGAGGGCCAGCCCCAAACUUCAACAUGAUUUGGUGAAGGAGGCGGCUGCUCUGGCGCGGCUAUCAGCGAAGAGGGCCCAUAAGUCGCACAAAGCUGCAGUCUCUUGCCCGGACAACCAGUUCCCAGCAGUCAACGUUACCGUUGAAGGGGUGGGCUACCUGAAAGACAUCCUUGCUGCGGACGUCCUAGAGCAGCUGCAGACGAAUCUUGCGAGCCACCCCGACUGGAAGAUCGGGAAACCAUGGACCUUGAGCAUGGUGGCUGACUCCAUCGAACGACGAGAAGACCGCAAGUUUGGUUUCGCAGGGGGCGAAGGCUUCCAUGUUUUCACCGUGAAGAAGGAGCAAGUCGGACAGCGGAUUACCAUUACAGACAAGGUGAAAACCUUGCCUGGAAGUACACGACUGGAGUAUCGCGGGCACGACCCCAUCACUCUGGAGGGGGCGAUCCACUUGACAAACAUCUGCUUGAGACCGAUGACUUGUGACACUUUCUUCGAUCAGCAGAAGACUGCAUGUUUAAACGACGAUGUUUGGAAGCGCCGUGAGAACCCCGAGGAGGUCACAGGGCACACCAGGAACAUGUGCUGCGAGCGGAUGAAGUGCAUCGAGGAGGCACCAUGCUCGCCGGCGACGAUGUAUGAGAAGAGGUCAGACUAUGACACGGCAUUUGGAAGCAAGCCUGAGCAGUGCUGCACACCGAAGCCUUGCUCCAAAGAUCUUUGCACAUCCAGCCUUUGGGAGCCAAAGCCGGGAAACGUCUUUGGAAGCACCAAAGAAGAGUGCUGUCUCCCCCGGGACUGCGACGACUACAAGUGCACAGCCAAGUAUGUGAAGAAGCCCAAGAGGCACGGCCAAGAUGGCUCUCCGCUUCUAUUGCAGGGCAACUCUGACUCCGAGUGCUGCGAACCCAUCUCUUGCAAGCAUAUCGACUGCGAAGCUACAGAUGAGUGGAAAACAAAUCAAAGUGCCAGUCUUGGAGCGAGCCUCGAGGACUGUUGCAUCCCCCAGUUCUGUAAGCAGCACAGCUGCUCUCCCGCCACCAAAUGGGAGCCUAACCCCAAAGCAAUCCUCGGCAGCAGUAAUCCCAGCUGCUGCACACCGAAAAUGUGCAAGGACUUCGAGUGCGAAGCCGGAUUCCAGCUUCGGGCCGGUGCGGUGAUUGGAGGCAGAGGCCUCAUGGGCAGCACCAGCAAUGAGUGCUGCGAGAAGAAGUCAUGCCAUGAUUGGAAGUGCAGUGACCCCACGAAGUGGGUGCAGCAGGCGGAUGAGAGCAGCCGGGGCGUGCAGCGGAAAGGCUGGAGCGACGAGGAGUGCUGCACACCUCUCAUGUGCAGCGCCAUCGACUGCGUACCUGAGUCCUUGUGGGCACCCAAAUCGGCCGAAGAACUUGAUGGCCUCCAGGGCAGCUCGAGCAAGCAGUGCUGCAAUCCACGGUGGUGCAAGGACUACACCUGUACAGGAGAUGAUCCUGAAAGGAAUGUGACAAGUACCACCUGGUACAAGAAGGUCGAUACCAAUCACUUCAAAUUCCAAGGAAGCACAGAUGAGGAGUGCUGCCAUCCCAAGUACUGCAGUGAGUACACAACGAAGUUUCCAACAAAGUACAGGCGGAAGUCUGAAACCCAGGAAAAGCCCAGGCUUGGGACCAGCGAAGCCGAGUGCUACGAUGAGCUGAAGUGCAGCGACUACUGCUGUAAGGAGAAAGCGCUGCAGCUGAAGGAAGAUGCAGCUCAGCUCCUGGGCAGCACGGACAAGGAAUGCUGCGAGAAGCCCAGCUAG